AUGUUUGCUUCUUUUUUGCGUGGGAGAUUUGUAGUGACAGAUGGCUCCUUAAAAAGAAGUGUGAUUUCUUCUUCAAUAUUACCAGGCCUUCAGAAAGGCUGGGAGUUUGUGAACUCUACUGAAAGAUGGGUGAUUGAUGAUGGUGGUUCGAUAAAUUUCUGGUAUGACCGGUGGUUGACUGGGCAACGAAGUUGUGAUCUUCUUCCUCCAGGGGUAACGCUACCAAGGAAUCUUAAAGCCAAAGUUGCUGAUUUCAUUGAGAGUGGGGAGUGGGUUUUACCAUCGGUAACAUCGUCUGAGCUGUGGGAUAUUUGCAACCAGAUUAUGCGUACCAGGCUCCCAUCUAGUAGGUACGAGGAUGCUAGAGACUGGGUCCUCACUGAGUCGGGUUCUUUCUCAGUCGUAUCUGCGUGGGACACCAUGCAUGUUAGCUCACAACAUCAAGGCUACUUUCCAACUAAUGAGAAAAUAGCUAAGCGUUCCAUACCUAUUGCUUCUCGAUGUGAGCUAUGUCUUAAGAGUCAGGAAACCAUCAACCAUAUCUUUCUAGAAUGUGACUUUGCUGGUCAAGUAUGGACAACGGUUCUUUCGCUUUUUGAUCAGAGAUGGAAUGGUUUUCCUUCCAUAGAAGAGCUGUUCUCAUGGUGGAAAAGGAAAAAGGCUGGGGUAAUUCUUCCUAAAGUUUGGCCGGCGUUGGUGAUUCUAAUGCCAUAUCAAAUUUGGAUGGAAAGAAAUAGACGAAGAUAUGAGAACAUGCAUCGCAAUACAACUAUAAUUAUAAAAUCGGUUCUCAAGGAGCUACAUGAGUUUUUGUCUAUAGUUUCUGUGCAUGUCUCUUUUGUGGCGGAGUUGUUGCUUUCAAGAAAGUUAACAAUUAAAAUCUCUAGAUCCCUGAUUCAGAAAAUAAUUGAUGUUGUUUAG